UGAAGAAUCGCGGUCUAUUUUUCAGUGAUGAACGUGUGAAAGUGCUUGUAAACUGAGUUGUUUAGUUUGAAUAAGUUGUUAUUAUAAAAUAGGUAAAAAAGAAAAAAAAGUAUUUCAAAAAAAUAAUAAAUAAAGGAAAAAAGUACGAGUGAAGUGAAGAAGAAAGUGAAUAUUUUUUAGUGAUUUAUAAUUGAGCAGAACUUCAAUAAAAAUAGGAUUUUCCGAUUACUAGAAAGUGGUCGAUGCCGUUAGGCUCGCCACGAGGAAGUAAGUCAUCGUACACAUGAUGGAAAAAGACGAGGUCGAAUACAUGAUACCAGUAACGACGUCGAGGUCAAUAUGCGUGGCGCUGCUAGUGGUACCGGCUCGUCUGUUACAAUCAAACUUGUACGAACGAAAGUCACGGUGACCAGCUUAGUAAGCAACAACGCGGCCGCAGUGCGGUACGAUGAUCCAGCGGCGGCGAUCCAGAGGGAAAACAGCAACAACAAUAGCGAUAGCAUCAGUGUCAAAAACGAAAUGGGAACAGGGGACGUCACCUUGGUACCCACAUCCCGGAUGAGUCCAUCAUCGAAUAUGGACACGUCAGAGAGAUCUACUAUGGUAGCUGGACCAACGAUUGCUUUAGUCAAGGCUGAAUCUACUGACCACAUGGCGGGAACGUCAAUAGGGUCCACAGCUACAUCAACUGUUAGUGGGCACAUUGGCCCAGGUGGUACUCUUUUUGCUGGUAUAGCUAAUAGUAAUAAGAGACCAAGGCCAGAUGAUUGGCUUGCACCUAGUAGUCCCAAUUCGCGCCCAAACCUUCCUGUUCAGCAUCUUGUUUAUACUACGCCACAACAACAACUUGGACAAAUUCCAUCACCUCAACAACAGCAACAACAACAGCCAACCCCUCCACCACCAAAGCAGCAGAUUAUCCAGCAACAGCAGACUAUGACACCUCCCACAGCUAUUAGUCAACCGGGGCAACAACCAGCUAAUAAUAAUGGAUACGUCAGCCCCAUGAGUUCUGGCAGCUAUGACCCUUAUAGUCCGAAUGGAAAAAUUGGAAGGGAAGACCUAUCACCACCAAGCUCACUUAAUGGCUAUAAUGCAGACAGCUGUGAUGCUAAAAAGAAAAAAGGUCCAACACCACGACAACAGGAAGAACUUUGUCUAGUCUGUGGAGACCGAGCGUCUGGAUAUCACUACAAUGCUCUCACUUGUGAGGGGUGUAAAGGCUUCUUCAGGAGAAGUAUUACUAAAAAUGCUGUUUAUCAGUGUAAAUAUGGUAAUAACUGUGAGAUCGACAUGUAUAUGCGACGCAAGUGCCAAGAGUGUCGGUUAAAAAAGUGUCUCACUGUUGGAAUGAGGCCGGAGUGUGUUGUGCCAGAAUACCAGUGUGCAGUUAAACGGAAAGAAAAGAAAGCACAGAAGGAAAAAGAUAAACCAAAUAGCACAACGAUGAAUGGCUCACCUGGUAGCAUGAAUGCUGAUCAAAUGGGCGUUAAAAUAGAACCUUCUGAGGUUGAGUGUCUGUCAAUGUCUAGCAGCAGCAUUGGACCACCGUCGAGUUGGCCCAAUGGCAUUAAACCUGUUAGUCCGGAACAGGAAGAAUUAAUACACAGUCUCGUGUACUUCCAAAAUGAGUAUGAGCAUCCUAGUGAAGAAGAAAUUAAGAAAAUUACGUAUCAACCGACUGAAGGUGAAGAUCCCAGUGAUAUUAGGUUCAGGCAUAUAACAGAAAUAACCAUAUUAACAGUGCAAUUGAUUGUGGAGUUCGCGAAAACAUUAACGGGUUUUGACAAACUUUUAAGAGAAGAUCAAAUUGCAUUGUUAAAAGCAUGUUCUAGUGAAGUAAUGAUGUUAAGAAUGGCGAGGAAGUAUGAUGUAGAAACAGACAGUAUCGUAUUUGCUAAUAAUCAACCUUACACGAGAGAUAGCUACAGUCUCGCUGGCAUGGGUGAGACGAUCGAAGAUUUACUACGCUUUUGUCGGCAUAUGUACAAUAUGAAGGUUAAUAAUGCCGAGUACGCUCUUCUUACAGCCAUCGUCAUAUUUUCUGCAGAUCGACCGAACUUGAUGGAGGCAUGGAAGGUUGAGCAGAUUCAGGAAGUCUACCUGGAUGCAUUAAAGACUUAUGUAGAUAAUCGUCGGAAGCCCAAGUCUGGUAUGGUCUUUGCUAAACUCCUAUCAGUCCUCACGGAGCUCAGGACACUUGGCAAUCAAAACAGCGAAAUGUGCUUCAGUUUGAAGCUGAAAAACAAAAAACUACCUCCCUUCCUUGCCGAGAUCUGGGACGUGAUGCCCUAGUUUUUCCGUAGUCAGUUGACAACGCUGCAUUACUUGUCGAGUAAAUUAAUUGUCGGAAUCACUACGUCGUCAAAAAUAGUACUAUACCGACAACUCUACAACUGUUAUAUAGCGGCUAUUAAACGGCGUCGUGAGUGACUUUUGUACUAGUGCACCACUGUGCCACUGUCUUUGUAUUGUACUACAUCAUUUAAUCAUUCUUAUAUUUUAUUUAUUUUUCAUUUAUUUGCGUAUUUCUUGUUGUCCUCAAAGGUACAAGUGAUAAGCAUACGAUUUAAAACAACUAAUAUUCUUAAACGAUCAAACAAAUUAAGAAUGGCAUAAUUAUGAUUAUUUAUGAAAAGAGAAUUAAGUGUAUAAAUAUCUAAUGAUUGAGACACGAUCAAGAUAGUGGCAAAGGCACCCAGGCUGUGAUACAUAGAGACAGUUACAAAGACUAAUAUAUAUAUUUAUAUAUAUGUAUAUACAUAUAUAUUUAUGUAAAUGUGUAUAUAUGUAUGUAUACAUAUAUAUAAAAGAAGAAAGAAACAAAAAAGAAGAAAAACCACACUUAUGCACAUAUAUUACAUCUUCUACUCAACUAUCCUUGAUAUUCAUAUGUAAAUGUAAUUGUAAAUCUCUAGAUUGGCGAUAGACUGAACGAAUGGUAAAAAGAUUAGGUUAACGUGGAAAAAUAAAUAAAAGGUAUACGGGAGAGUAGGAGAAUCAAUAAAUACUGUUUUAAACGGAGGAUUUUUAAGAAAUAAAAAUAACGUCGAUGCUCUAAGAUCAUUGUUGAGCAAUGAAUCUUGGAUACGAUUUGAGUAUGAGUACGGUAUACAUAAUAUUAUGAUAGAAUCUAUAUCAUAUAAAUAGCAUAAUAAUAUAUUACCGCAUGUACGUUGUUUAUGAAAAAAAAAAAUUAGUAGAUGCAAAAGAAAUAAUUAAAAUAAUUCACAUAAACGUAAAACGAAAGUGUGAAAUAAUAGUUAAUAUAAGUAUGUAUGUGUAUGUUAAAUAAAUGUGUGUACAGAUGUGUGCGUGACAGGAAACAAAAUGCUCAUAAUGAUAUGGCAGAGUGGGAGAACGAUAAGCAUAUUAGAAUGUAUUAGAUAAGAAAUUAAACAAGGCUAGAAGGUAGUAGAUUGUAGUAGUCAGUCAGUUAGACUAGGUGACCGAGUCAAGUGCAAAGCCCUGUGCCUUCAGCAACGGACAUCGGCUCACCGAAAACGAAUAUAUGAAAUUUAACCGUCCGUUUUAAUUUUUUAACAAAAUCAAGAAAAUCAUAAAUUAUUGUAAAUGUUCAAAAAUUCAUAAAAUAAACAUUUAUUAUUAUUAAAAUAUGUGAGAGAGAACAAAAAAUUUAAAAAAGUUGAGACAAAAGAUCGACACAGAAAAGAAAAAAUUAUUUUCUGGGUGAUUUUUUGUGUAUUUAAAUAAUUUACGGUUCGGCUCUGAAUGAUCGAUUAGAUGAUACCAAGGACGUGGAUUGAUGGGAUACGAAUGUGGAUGAGCGUGAGUGACAUGAAUUGAAUAUGGAUUAUGAAACAAAAAAAAUAAAUAAGAAUCCCAAUUCUUUAAUUUUGGUUAACCGUAACUUAAACUACAAUACUUGUAGAAAAACAAACAACUUGAAUAUCAUUAAAUUGCUUUUACAGCGUUAUAGAUAACAGAAUUUGUUCUUGCAUCAAAGCCAUUCAAUUGAUCCAACAAAAUAACGUACAUCUAAAUUAACAUAAAUAAUAAUACAUAGAUUAUUUAUAUAUUUACAAUUAUUAUGCAUAAAAAAAAUAUAUUACACGACUCGAGAUAAUUUAAAAAGUUCUCGAUAUUAUAACAAUAUAAUCAUAUACUAUUAAUUAAUUGUAUGCAGUUAUAUUUGCUAGUACCUAUCCUACCGUUCGCAAAUAACGCUAUAAACUUGAGCAAUAUAUUUAAAUGAGAAAAAAAUAAAUAAAAAUCAUUAAUUGAUGAAAAUUCAUGAAAGAUAAAAGUAAUAAAAUACAUUAUUUUAAACGAUAUUUUGGUAGGAAACAAAAGAUACAAAUUAAUAAAAUGACAAUUAAUUCGAGUAAAAAAUAAAAAAAAAAUUUGCGAAAAAUAAUCCAAUGUCAUUGCACACAAAUUUCAUAUUAUUAAUAAUCUACGUGUCAUGUUAAAAAAUAAGAGCGCAGUAUGUUAUUGAAAUUAAAAUUAUUGUCAUCGUCAUUAAAAUACAUAUAUGUACAUUUUGUUUUAGAUCACUUUGGAGUCUGAAUAUAUAUCAGGUUGUCUAUAAAUCAUGUUCGAUACAUUAUCCAUUAAAAUUAUUUAAAACUUUUUUAUUUUACUGUAAAAAAAAUAGAGUGUUUCUCGUAUAUUUUGGCUCCAGGGCGAUUUAUUGAGGAUGACAUAAUAUCCAUUUAACAAUACGUAAUGCCUCUAGGCAGACACUGCCACAUUGCAGAAUGCGAGAACACCAUGAUAACGUUGUCAAUGCAAAAAAAAAAAGAUUGCGUAAUAAAAUGCUCGAAGUGCAAAAGUAAAAAUUUUAACGUUGUAUAUAUAUAUGUAUAUGUAAUUAAUUCGCAUAUUUAUACAUAUAUAAAUACAUAUAUGUAUCGCUACUCAAUCACUGAGCCUCACCAUUGCCGAAAUUUCAUUAAAUUUUACUAUUUCAAGUUUGUCGUAUGUCUAUACACAUUCAUGAUAACAGAAAAUUAACAAAAAAAGUUUUAAGAAAUUUUUAAAUUACAAGUACGAUGACAUUGCGAUAUCACAUUACGUAUAUAGCUUCAACUUGCUCGUACCGCGAGGUUAAUCAACAUUAAUGAAUAAUUAUGAGUAUAAAAUACUAACUGAAAAAGAAUAAUAAAAAAAAAAAAAUGAAAGUUGUAAUGUUGUUGGUUAAAUGAAGGGUUCCGAUGGUACAAAAUCUCUGAGGAAAGAAUAAACAACAAUUGUUUUGUAUACAAUUGAGAUUUUAUAUAGAUAUAUUCGAAAUUAUAUUUAUAAUAGAAUUGUAAGAUUUCGUUUUUAAUACCAGUGAUCUUCUUCUUUAACAUUGUAUAUUUUGUUAUAUUUUUCUACAUUUUAAUUUCGAUGUUUUAAUAUAUUUUAAUGCUAUCAAAAGUUCGUACUCUUUACUUCGUACUAUUAUUUCUAUUUUUUCUGUUAAAUAAAUAUGAAUAAAACACUUUAUUAUAUAAUACUCUUUUUUUUAUUUAAAAUAAAAACUAUACACAAAAACUUUCAAUUUUUAAAAAAUUACAACGACACUUUGUAACCGAUAAAUAAAUACCAACGGAACCCGAAUGAAGAGUUUUUAUGAUGUAAUUUUAAAAAAAUGUCAUUAAAUGCUAAUAAAAAGUUUAUAAAAAUUACUAUAAAUAAAGACUUUAGCCUCGUGGUUCAGCAGAUUUAAACUGUUAUCUUUAUAUUUGCGGUAAAAUAGUCAAAAAAGGGAACGUGGACGGCGGGUCCAAAAAAGCAUAUACUUACAAACACCGUGUUCAAGCCUUUCAAAAUUUCAAGACUUUGCUGUCGAGUAUACGUCGACAAAAAUAUAUUUCCGCAUUAUAAAAUGCGAAUAAAAUAACCGUAUAUCGCGUCAGACGAUCUAUACAAUAUUACAAUUAUUUUAUCUAUAACACGCAACCUUAAUUGCUAUAGAUAUAGCACGUUAUAUUUAAGCGCUCGUUUUUUCAUAUUUUACAAAGAAAAUGAAAUGAUAUAAAAAAAUAUAUAUAUAAUAAGGAAAAUAAAAAAAAGU